AUGUCACCAGUAAAGGACUUUGACAUAGCAAUCGUUGGCGGUGGAAUUGCGGGGCUGACUUUGGCGAUUGCUCUCAAUUCUCGGUCGAUUCCAGUCACUCUCUAUGAGCAGGCGGCCUCAUUUGGAGAGAUUGGAGCGGGUGUCUCCUUCAGCCCUAAUGCUGUCCAAGCUAUGAAAGUUUGCCAUCAGGGCAUUUACGAAGCAUUUGAAACAGUCUGUACUAGAAAUUUAUGGCCGUCCAAGGAGAAAGUUUGGUUCGAUUAUGUGGAUGCAUACAGCAAUAACGGCCUCCACCGCGCCCAUUUUUUGGACGAGGCGGUCAAACUCUUUCCCAAGCAACUUGUGAGCUUUGGUAAAAGACUUCUAAACAUCACGGAAGAUGGCAACGGCAGACUCGUGAUGCAUUUCGACGAUGGGACUGUAGCGGAGACUGACGCUAUCAUUGGCUGUGAUGGGAUCAAAUCCCGGGUGCGCCAGGCCAUAGUUGGCCCUGACCAUCCAUCCUCUCGGCCCGUUUAUACACACAAAUAUGCGUACCGGGGGCUCAUUCCGAUGGAGGAUGCGUGUGCCGCUGUUGGUGAAGAGCGAGCUCAGAAUGCUUGCAUGUAUAUGGGGCAUGACAAACAUAUCCUAACUUUCCCGGUGAACCAUGGAAAGACUCUUAAUUUGGUUGCGUUCAGAACAACCUCGGAAGACUGGCCUGACGCUCAGAGAUUAACCAGAUCAGGCGGACUGGACGAGCUUCUGCACGAAUUCGAGGAUUAUGGGCCCGCAGUCAUCAAGUUAUUAAAGUUGCUCGACCCGAAACUUAACGUGUGGGCGAUAUUUGACCUCGGAUAUCCCGCUCCAACCUUUUAUAAAGGCCGCAUUUGCAUCUCAGGCGAUGCUGCGCACGCUACGUCUCCUCACCAUGGCGCUGGGGCGGGUUUCUGCAUUGAAGAUAGUGCUAUGUUGGCGGAGCUGCUCGCAGACGACCAAGUCAAGUCACGGCAUGAAUUGGAGGCCGUAUUUGCUACAUAUGAUGCAGAGAGACGAUCAAGAGCGCAGUGGCUGGUAGAGAGCAGUCGAUGGAUUGGAGACUGCUACGAAUUACGUGCAGAAGGGAUUGGAAACGACUUCACUAAGAUUGAGGCCGAAAUCAAGAAAAGGAAUGGGAUUAUUGCCGAUAUCAAUAUAGAAGAGAUGUGCGCGAGGGCCAAGGACGAGUUGCGGAAGAGGCUAUCGGGUUCUUGUGAGAGGUAA